UGUGACGCGUAGAAACAGGCUUGGCCACUUAGCUGUCGAAAUUUUCGUUUAUGCUUGUACCUUCAGCUUUCUAAAUGUGUUUUGCAAGCAAAAGUGAUAUAAUUUACCGGAGAUUCAUCUUAUCUUCAUUUUUCUCGAAAGGAUGGGGCGAUAUAAAGGUCUAUGAACGCCUGUUGGAAGCUCGAAAGACUGUCACGGAUAGAACAAAAUGUAGAAAUCUUAUUCCUUCGCAUUGUCCUGUCGAACUAAAGAAAUCAUGGAAAACGGAGUCUUGUUACAUCGCAGAAGGACAAUUUACGUCGCCUUUAGCCCAACACUUCCCGGGCCUGUUACCUAAAGAAAGCGAAAAAGCUCACUUUCAGGUCAUCGUGCCAAAAAAAUGGCCGCAAACUGGACGAAAACCGGCUUGCCUCCAUCUUGCGGGCACGGGAGAUCAUCAUUUUUGGCGAAGGAGAAAUCUAAUGGCAAAACCUUUGGCGAAGGAACACGGCAUUGCAUCGGUACUAUUAGAAAAUCCCUUCUAUGGCGUGAGAAAGCCUAAGAACCAACUUCGUUCCAGCCUUCUACAUGUGGUAGACUUAUUUGUUAUGGGUGCUGCGCUCAUUUUAGAAUCAGUUGUCUUGUUAAACUGGUGUGAACGCCAAGGGUAUGGCCCCUUGGGAAUCACAGGGAUCUCAAUGGGUGGACACAUGGCUUCUCUUGCAUGUACUGCUUGGCCGAAACCACUGGCUAUUGUGCCUUGUUUAUCAUGGAGUACAGCAUCCUGUGUCUUUACAGAGGGUGUGAUGAGCAAGGCUUGUUGUUGGAAUACUUUAGAGCAGCAACUUUCAAAUGAAGACUACAGGAACAAUUUAAUGGAUUAUAUUCCCAUCAGUGGAGCUAUAUUUACCAAAUUUACUGAUGAUAGUCUCGGAAGAAAUUUUGUGAGAGAUUAUUCUGAUUUGGAAUCGUUACUGGAAAAAGAAAAAAGAAAUUUAGACAAGAGUGGAUUCCGAACACUGUACCUCCAACAAGAAGAUAUCUACAAUGGCUUAAAGUCUUCUUUUUUUGAAAACUUACCCUCAGUUCUAAAAACUAUCAAAGCCAGAAAAGACUUUUCAGCAAAAUCAGAAACGGUAGAUUUCAUGAACUUUGUCAUGGAUGAAGCAACGCAUCUUCAAAACUUUCCACCACCAGUAGAUACCAGCUUGGUGCGGUUUCUGGUAGCAAAGCAUGAUGCGUAUGUCCCACGAGACAAUGUGAUGAGCCCAUGUGACAUUUGGCCUGGUUGCACAGUGGAAUAUAUUAACAGUGGUCAUGUUGCGGCAUCAUUAAACCACCAGGAUGUAUUUAGGAGGGUAAUCAGUGAUACUCUUGGACAACUUUCAUGAUAAGCUUACAGCUUUCAUAGGUGACAUCAAUCUCAACUGAUAUUUUGGAUUGAAGUCGUACGAGUGUCUUGUAGGCAGGUCUUUUGUGUAGCUUCAUAAAAUCUUUGCUCUGAAUCAAAUUCUUCAUAAUUCAAAGUGAACGCUUACCCUCAGCUUGUUUGAAUGUACUAUUAUGGUAUGAUGUUCUGCUCAGUGUAGCAAUAUGUUUACAUAAGAGAUCUGUUAUAUUAUACUUUGCACAGUGGUUUAUGCAUGGGUGUAUUAUAUUCAGAACACAAGACAGUAUGUUUUACUCUAUUUCCUAACAAAGUGAGAAGGUUUAAAAAUAAGAUUUACAUGUUGCUAUUGAUAAGAGUGUUUUGGUGGAAUUUGAGUAGUUUUGCAAUUAGAUGAAUCGCAUUCUUAUAAGUGUGAUUGUUCUCAAUACAAUGUAGGUCUAUAAUUGGUUUUAAUUUUGUUGAUCUCUGUGACUUUGGUAUUGAUUUCUUUUUCUAUUUUGUUCAAAUACUUAUAGGGCUGUAAAGAUAUUGUUUAUAUUGUUUAUAUUUUGAAUUUUUGUACAUGCAGUAAGUAAAUCUGACAUGUGAUUGACUAAGUUGCAUGUAGUGAUAGACAAUCAAUAGUAGCAUGUAUGUGAAUCAAUCAACUGUUUAAAGUGUGGCUCAUGAUUUUGUUUAAGUUCAAAAUAAAAUUACAGUGUUUUGUGA